AUGCUAGCUCGGCUCUCUCAAGUUAUCCGUGUUCUGGAUGGUAGAGAUCCUCUGUCCGCCGAUAGAGAGGAGCAAGGUCUUCCGCCUGUCAGCGAAGAGGAGUGUCAAAACACCAACGGCGACGGAAGACGGAUCACAAUCAUCGGUACAAAUAACGAUGCACUGGUUCCACCAAACGACAAGCUCCUCGCGUUUCGUUCCCUGACAGGCAUAGACACUGUGCCUGCUCUGGCAAGCAACGGUCAUGCGAGGCGGGUUGCCCCGAACAUUGGCUUGUACUUCCGCGUCGUCCAAGCAGAGCAAAAGGCAGCCAAGAAUUAUCGCUUCUUUCACAUCGCUAUCAACUUCUGUCUUGGAGCGCAGAUCAUCAUAGGCGCCGCGUUGACAGCAAUCGGGGCAGCUGAUGGCUCUCGUCAUGCGAUCACUGGGCUCGGUGCUAUGAACACGAUCAUGGCGGGCAUACUUACCUAUCUCAAAGGAUCUGGCCUUCCUGACAGGUUCAAGAUCCAAGAGAAUCAGUGGAGAGAGAUCCGUGAGCACAUUGAGCAACGAGAGCGAGAACUGUGCCUGGCAGACUGCACUCUUGACGCGCAGGAGGAGGUCUUUAUCAUUGAAGAGAUGUACAACCAGGCCAAAGCUGAGCUAGAUGCAAAGGGACAUGGAAUUCGAUACUUUAAUGGAGUGCAUCAUUCUCACCAAAAGACGCAAAAUACGCCAAUACGACCCAUAGUUCAGAGGCCGUCCGUCAAGGUCGCUCAGUCAACAGAUACGCUCGCUACGCCGCCGCCAGCAGCUGUGAGAGAAGGGGCAGGGUUGUCGGCCAAAAUGCCGGUAAAUGUCGUGCUCUGA